AUGCCCAACACUACGGAAGCGUCGGGACCGCUUACCCAAGAAGAACUCGAUACACUGAGGUCAGGAUGUCAAAGCUUGAUAGAAGGACUCGAUACUUCCUAUGGCUACGUCCCGACCUUGGGUGCUGGAAUUGCAUUCUGUGUUCUCUUCGGUCUGAGUCUCUUCGGCCAUUUUGUCCAAUUUGUUAGGAAACGUCAAUGGACGUCAUUUGCUUUUGCAGUCGGAGCUCUAACCGAAGUCAUUGGUUGGGCUGGUCGAACAUGGUCAAGCGAAUGUCCAUACAACAACAACGCGUUCUUGAUGCAGAUUACGACUCUCAUCAUCGCUCCAACUUUCAUCACAGCUGGACUUUACGUUAUACUCGGUGCCCUCAUCAACCGUCUUGGUCGCGAGUCAUCUGUGCUUGGCCCUAAGAUGUACGCAAUCGUCUUUUUGACCUGCGACAUUAUCGCACUCGUCAUACAAGCAGUUGGGGGAGCCAUGGCCUCUACUGAGUCAGACAAGAUUGACGGUGAUACAAAGCCGGGAACAAAUAUCAUGGUCGCUGGUAUUGUGUUCCAGAUGGCAGCCAUGGUGGUUUUCGCUGUUCUAGUUAUUGACUUCAUGAGGAGAGUCUUUGUCAAAAAGUCCUACUUACAGACGAGGAAGAAGGGCCUAUCUGAUGGCAAUGCUUUGCCUAAGGCUUAUACUUGGCUCCUGACCGCUGUCUUUAUAUCCUUGACUAUGAUAUUUAUCCGAAGCAUCUACCGAACUGUCGAGCUUCUGCAAGGCUGGAGUGGCUACCUGAUCACCCAUGAAGGUUACUUCAUCGGUUUAGAUGGGGCCAUUAUGGUUGUGGCUAUAGCGGUUUUUAAUUUCCUCGAUCCGGUCUAUCUACUAUGGGGACAGGACAAUAAACUGGCGUCAUCGCUUGAACAACAUGAGCUAAGGGGGGCGAGAGAUGUCAGUAUGGAGCGCUGGGAUGAGUCUACGAUAAUGUCUGAUUAA